AUGGAGGCGCAGGACAGGAGCCGCUCCCCAUCCCGUAGGACCAGCCGGGUGGAGCAGGUGGUGGGACGAUGGCUGAGACGGUCCCGAGACUUAGGCAGCAGAGACCGGGUUGCAUUGGAUGGGAAGACAGCAGAGUCCAGUGGCUCUGAUCAGAGGAAUUACCCCUUCCGCUUUAAUGUUCAGAUUCAACGGGACGAGACUCUUAACUCCCAUGGCCUCACUCUCUCCUCCCAAACCCCCAUUGUGGUACAAGAGGUCACCCCAGGUGGUCCUGCAGAUGGCCGGCUCGUCCCUGGCGACCAGCUUGUGAAGAUCAAUAACGUUGCUGUUGAUGACCUGACCCCGGAGCAAGCUGCUGAAAUAAUCAGGGAGUGUCAAGAUACGUUGACAAUGACGGUCCUCAGAACAAUGCUGGGCCCAAAGUCAUCGUUCAUCACACCGGAGAAGAGGGCCAAGCUCAGGUCCAACCCUGUCAAAGUUCACUUUGCUGAGGAGGUGGAAGUCAAUGGACACUCUCAGGGUAACUCGCUGCUCUUCCUGCCUAACGUUCUGAAGGUUUAUCUGGAGAACGGGCAGACCAAGGCCUUCAAAUUUGAACCCAGCACCACAGUCAAGGACAUUGUGAUGACACUGAAGGAAAAGCUUUCUCUGAGCCGUAUCGAACACUUCUCCCUGGUGCUGGAGCAGCAGCACAGCAUCAGCAAACUACUGCUGCUACACGAUGAGGAGGGGAUACAGCAGGUGGUCCAGAAGAAAGAGGCCCAUGACUACAGGUGUCUGUUCCGUGUUUGUUUCAUGCCCAGAAGCCUCCAGACUCUGCUGCAGGAGGAUCCCACAGCCUUUGAAUACCUCUACCUGCAGGGGGUGAAUGAUGUGCUGCAGGAGCGAUUUGCAAUAGAGAUGAGGUGUAACACUGCCCUGCGACUCGCUGCCCUGCACAUUCAGGAGAGGCUCUCGAGCUGUGGACAGUCACCAAAGACCAACCUGAAGAUCAUCACGAAGACGUGGGGCAUAGAGAACUUUGUGUCAUCCACAUUGUUGAGGAACAUGCGAGAGAAAGAUCUGAGGAAGGCCAUCGGCUACCACAUGAAGAAGAGCCAACUGCAGCACGAUCCUAAACAGAAGGGCCUGUCAGUGGAUCAGACGAGGAUAAACUACCUGGAGGAGCUGGCUGAUCUCAGGUCGUUUGGAGGCAAAUCCUUCAGUGCCACCAUGAUGCUCCAGGACAGGGAGUCGAUGGUAACCCUGCUGGUGGGGGCACGGUAUGGCGUGAGCCAGGUGGUCAACCACAAGCUCAGCAUCCUGUCCACCCUUACAGAGUUUACCAGCAUCACACGUAUCGAGCUGCUGCCUGAAUCAGAGAAGGUCAGCCUGGUCAAAAUAUACCUGCAGGACAUUAAGCCCAUCACAUUACUGUUGGAGUCAGUGGCAGCCAAAGAUAUGUCCUGCCUAAUAGCAGGGUACUGUCGAGUUUUUGUUGACCCCAACCUCAACAUAUUUCCCUGGAUAGAUGAGUCCAAGAAGCACAGAGUGUCUGCUGAGGAAGGUUAUGUGUCCCGAUGUGGCAGCGACUCAAAUGACUCAUCAGACCUGGACAUGGAACCACUAGUGACCCUGGUGUCUGUCAACGAAAAGCCCUGCCCUCGUGUCAGAUCCUCAUCAGAUCCAGAUGGAAGAAAAAGAAAAGACAGAAGGAGAAACAAAGAUGGCAAAGAAAAGGGAGAUAAAUCUUGGGAAGAUAAAAAACAAAAGGAAGAGAAAGAUGCUGACACUGAAAAGGGAAAGAAUAGAGAGGGUAUGACUGAAGACACCGGGCACAAGGAGGAGACAAAGAGGGCGCCAGAUGGUGGACAAAUACAGAUCGAGGUAACAAACAAUGACUCAAGGGAACGAGAGGAGAAAGUGGGAGAAGAAUGUGGAGGUGGAGGGGAGGCAAAGGCAGCAGAGGAGCAGCCGUCUGCAUCAGAAACAUCAGAUUCCUGUCACACUGACUCUCGUGUCCUCACCAGCCCGUCCAGCGACUCCCUCGAUGCUUUGGAGGAAGAUGAUUUACUGUCGUGUUCCUCCUCCUCCGGCCACCCCAACGCUCCCUCGCAAAUUCAUCCCCACGUCCACUCUCACCUUCAGCUUAAUCCUUAUUCUCAUAGGCAGGUUCAGUCUCACCUCCUCGCUCCUCCACCAACUCACUCCCACCCCCUCAAACACUUCACAACUCACGACAGUGGGGGAGGAGGCUGCAGGAGAUCAGGCGAUGGAGCCGAUCCUCAACUCAUCGUACCUGUCUCCACCUCUCAGAGCCUUCACCACACCCUAAAAUGUUCAACUUACCCCGAAUCUGAUGACAGCUCUCUGUGCUUCGCUGAGCUCUCUCGCCUCGUGGACUUCCUGCCGAGCCCCCCGGAGGCCAGUGAGGAUGAUGAAGAUGAAGAAGAGGAGUUAAGUAGGAGGAGGAGAUUGUUCAAAGAAAUGGACCAGUCGGUGAGAAGAGCGGGUGAAGGAGGAAGCGUAAGCGGGGAGGGUAGUUUUCAAGAAUUUCCACUACCCCUCUCCCCACCCUCCCCCUCCUCCCACAUGGAGUUUGUGUUUAACUUUGACCAGAGGGACGCUCGCUGCUACUACAAACUCUGCUCCAACAUCACCCCUGACAGCGCUCGCAGCCUUCCCCGCCCCCUGCUCCAUAGAGAGGGAGAAGACUGGGAGGAAGUGAGGGAAGGUGGGGGUAAGGCUGAAGACCUGGAGCCGAUCCCCAUCCUCCAUCCACCUCCUGGCUUUGGAGACAGCAGCUCCGACGAGGAGUUUUUUGAUGCCAGAGAUCGCUUUACCUCACCUGAAGACCCAACCUCAGGCGCCGUGCCAAGAGAUAUCUGCACAGAGAUGAAGCUGGACUUUCUCAGCCUCAGUGACAUCAGAGUCUCUGUGACUGAUGGAGACAAAGCUGGAAAAGCAGAAGACAAAGAAGGAGAUGACGAGGAAGGAGGAGGCAGAGAAACGUUGUUCCAGCUCAGGAAAAGAUCUCGCAAGCGUCGUUCCUUCAUGGAAACUGAUUAUACCUCUAUGGUGUCAUAUCCACAACCAGAUCCAGAAAGAUCCACAAAGCAGGACCUGGCAUCCAAUAGGCUUCAUAAAAAGCUUUUGGCAGAAGCCAAUGAUGCCCAGAUGCUGAGUUCAGAUCCUGAACCUUCAGCGCAAACCCAGAAUCCCAGCCCUACUGUCUCCUCCCUGACUCACUCUGAAGGGGAACCAGCUCAACUCGAGUCAAAACCCAUUCUGUCAAAAGCCUGUUCUCAUGGACCGGGCUCUUCUUCUGGUUUUGGGUCUCAUGAGCAGACUAAAGACCCACAGUCCUCUUCCAGGACCAGGAAGCAAGAAAUGGAAAUGGAACCUGACACGAUGGAGUUCAAAUCGGUCACAGAUCUGGUGAAGGCUGCAUCUCCUACCAUCACCGUUGUCCGCUGCCGGGUGGAUCCGGACGGGAAGGAGAGUGCUGACCGGAGGGGUGAUGGAAAGGAGGAAGGGGAGGGACAGGAGGAUAUAGAUGAGGGGACAGAGGAGGAAGAGAAGGAGGAGACAGCAGGUGUGUCAGGGAAUGGGCCAUUCACUAGUCAUAUGUUUUUUCCACAGAUGGCUGAGGAGGACGGCAAAGGGGAAGAUGCAGGAGAAGAGAGGAUAGAAGGACUGAGAGGGAACGGUUCACAGAGACCACUCAUAGGUGCUGAGGGUCAGUCAGAAGCCAACACACUGCCGCCAUGCUUCAUAGAUCUGAAUAAAAAAGGUAGUAACGGCUUUUUGGGAUCUCAUCUAAUUGCCCAGGAGCUGAACUCAUAUGAAGAGGAACAUAUGCUUGAAGGUGUGCAUGACAAGUCAAGCCCACUGUCAUACUCACCACCACCCCCUCCACCCUCAUCCCCUCUACCUCCAUCCUGUUCCCCGGGCAUCAUGGGCCGGUUAUCUGCCUCAACACUUAGGGGGAAGAUUCAACAGUUGCCCCUUUAUUUAUCGCGCUCCCACGAAACCCUCCACCAAGCUGGGACGGGGAGCGUAGCCCAGAGUCCUGUUGCGGACAACAGCAGCAACAAUGUUGAGAUUACCAUCAAAGUCACAGAUGUUGAUGAUGUCACACAAACUAUAGAUUUUGAAACGGGCACAACCGCAGAGAGAGUGGAUUCAGACGAUUCAGAUACAACAGUCACAGGCUCAGAGGUGGACGGGGAGCAUUUUGUGGAAAUGGCCUCAGCAAAGAGUUUUGAUUCAGGUUUAGAGGUGAGGGAAGUAAACUCCCCACUUCCUGUCCAGACUGAGCCCAAACCCCAACAUCGAAAUCAGCAUCUGUACUCUGGACCAGUCGAGGACACACCGGGACCAAUAACAGAGCCUCCAGCACCCAUAGUGAACAGCAUCCAAAGAGAUACUUCAGGCCUAAAUAUAGACACUCCCGGCCCCAUAACAGAUGCUCCAGAACCAAACAUGGUCACGACCACAGCUGAAGACACUCCAGGUUACAAAGUGACCAAUCAAUCACCUCCCAUUCGGACUCCGAUAGUGGUGACCACGCAGAAUCUAAAUAGGCCAGGACUUCCUUUUCAUAAUCAGUCACAGACAGUAAGACGGACCAGUAGCGACAGGCCUUUGAUGGGUCUUUGUCGACCUGCAGAGCAGAAGUCAGACUCACCAAAAACCCCUUCCUCGGGCUGCAGAGUGUUUACAAUCUGUGAGGAUCCAUCUCAAACAAAGACUGCAGCCGAGGUGGGGACUACCCCGCCCUUGAAGCCUGAGUUCAGCUGUAGCUCUGUGCUAGCGUCCGGAUGCGAGUCAGUUGUGGAGGGGGUGCAGGUACCACUGGAUGCCUGUGGUUGCCCGGCGGUCUAUACCAACUGCUUCAGCGGCGGGGACAGCUUUGAUGACGAGCUGACAGUCUACGAGUUCUCGUGCCGCACACAGAGCAGCGGUGUGACCCAGACUUCAGGAGCGGUUCUUCCUCUCAUGACCUCCCCACCUGUCCCCUCCUUUCUCUCCACCUCCUCCAUCCACUCUCCCUCCUUUCCACGCUCCAUCCUCUUCUCCUCCUCUACCUCUGAGCUCAGCCCUCUGCUCUCACCGCUGUCAGACGCCUCUGACUGUUUCCUGUCUCAAACGCACAAGGACACCAUCAGUCGGUUAGGUCAGCAGCGCUACCCGGAACCCCCGACAGGUUUCCAAGUACUCCGCGUAGACGUGGACCAGCUCCUCUCAAUUCUAGAGAGUAGCGGUAGUGACCGAUCUGCGGUAGGUCACGGAGGUCGCCACCCAAGGGACACCUGUCCGGCUCAUUUUACAGAGAACAAGCGGGUGCUCCAGAUAGAGGCCCGACGGCUGAUGUCAGGCUGUCAGAAGGUGGUGGGGAUUGGACAGAGCCCAGAGGAAAUGCUUCACUCCCUGGCAGUCAGCUUCCGGACCCUGGUGGAGCUGGCCGGCAUAUGCCUCUGGUUCUCUGGUUGCGACAGGUGUGACCGGAGGAACGCAGAGGCGGUUGCAGGUCUGGCAGAUGUGGCCCGCUCCUUCAGGGACUUCUGUCUGGCAGCGGAGCGAGCCAGCAGCAAGCGCAGCUGCCAGGACCUGAGCAUCAAGCUGCUCGCCAAACAGUGCACUGCGCUCACCGCCUCCGUCUUCUGCCUCACCCAGCUGUUUCGCACCCUCACUGCACUAUGAGUGGACUGCAGCCUCUGAAGACUUUGAGAUGACCUUCAAGCAGCCUGUGGUGUGUAACCUCAGAUAUACGCCCACAGUGAGCCACGGGGCAGU